AUGGAUUACUCUUACUAUACCGGGCGCCCAGCGCAACCCUUUCCACUGUACGGAUUGCCCACCCCGGGCGUGCCAGUCAAUGCGCCACUCGAUGACACCUUCGCCCCGGUGAACUUCCCUGGCUUUGACCCCACGUUCCCCCUCGACCCCUCGUCCCACCCCCCGCCAUAUUCACCGCCAGAUUCGUUCUCCAAGCAGUCCACCUCGAGCAGCGAUGCCCACAAUCAGCACACAGACCCCACAUCUAUCGACGGGGACGAACUUCAAUAUGGAGACCCGUCCAUGGUGCGGAGUAGCAGCGAGGAGAAAGAUUCAGAGCCCGCGCAAAGCAAGCGCAAGGCACAGAACCGCGCAGCCCAACGAGCAUUCCGGGAGCGCAAAGAGCGCCACGUGCGCGAGCUCGAAGACAAAGUAUCAGCCCUGGAACAAGCCUCCGACACAUUACAAGCCGACAACGAGCGCCUAAAACGCGAGCUGGCCAGAUACGCAACCGAAAACGAGAUCCUGAAGGCGACAUCCCAUACCCCUAAUCGCGGACAUGUACCACAGAACCAGAACCCUGAGCCAACGGCUACGGGACCCAUGAGGUACUCCCCGACGGACUUCUAUUCUACCCUGAUGCCCGAUGGGCCGCCGACGCCUCACAGCCCGCAGCAUCGUAUCACUGUGUGUCCGAUAACGGGUGAUAAGCUUUUAGAUGCGCAGGCCUUGUGGGAUGUGCUUCAGGGUCAUGAACUGUUUAAGCGCGGGCAGCUUGAUAUUGCGGAUAUUGUCGAGCGGCUUAAGGGGAGGGCGCAGUGCGAUGGGCAGGGUCCGGCUUUCAGAGAGAGUGAUGUUCGUCAGGUUAUUGAGGAGAGUGCGGCUUUGGGUCGUGAUGAGUUGAUUUGA